AUGACUCGUGCUAAACAACUGGUCAUCGACUCGGAGGGUAUCCUGCGGGAUGAACGCCACCGUCAAAUCAACCUGCGAGGCAUUAACAUGGCAUCGGACGCAAAAAUGCCCUCAGAUCCUUAUCUUCCCACCCAUCAGAAGUCGUCCGAAGAUUUCUGGGACGGAGACAAUGCCCGCUUCAUCGGGCGACCGUUCCAUCUCAAGGACGCACACGAACACCUCCAGCGUAUCAAGUCGUGGGGCUUCAACACCAUCAGAUAUAUCUACACUUGGGAGGCUAUCGAACACGAGGGCCCGGGCAAGUACGACGAGGACUUCGUCGACUUCACCAUCGAGGUCUUGCGUCUAUGUGACUCAUACGGCUUCUACGUCAUUAUGGACCCUCACCAAGAUGUGUGGUCAAGACACACCGGAGGUAGUGGUGCCCCCAUGUGGACGCUGUAUGCCGCUGGUCUUAAUCCCCGUACAAUGAGCAAGACUUGGGCCGCUUUGGUCCACAACACAUGGGAGCCAAAACCCUCAGAGUUCCCGAAAAUGAUCUGGGCCACAAACUAUACCCGACUGGCAUGUUUUGUCAUGUUUACACUCUUCUACGGCGGUCGGGACUACGCCCCAAAGUGCAUCAUCAAUGGCAUCAACAUUCAGGACUUCCUGACCAACCACUUCAUCAAUGCCAUGGUUUUCUUCUACAAACGUGUCAAGGCACGUGCCCCCGAGCUGUGGAACACUUGCAUUAUUGGUCUGGAGUCUCUGAACGAGCCGUCUGUCGGUUUGAUUGGCCAUCCUAACCUGGCUAUUCUGCCUGACGAGCAGCCUCUGAAGCUGGGUCCUCAUCCUACACCUUUCCAGAGUUUCCAACUCGGAAUGGGCAUGCAAGUUGAGGUGGACGAGUUUGAGUUCUCCAACUUUGGUCCCAAAAAGAAGGGAACUCGAGUUCUGGACCCCGAAGGAGUUCGAGCAUGGAUCGACCCCAAGCUCGACGACUACGACGACACCCGGUACGGCUGGAAGCGAGAUCCCGGGUGGGUGCUUGGAGAGUGUGUUUGGGCACAGCAUGGAGUCUGGGACCCGGCAGAGAAGAAACUGCUGCGGCCAGACUACUUUACCGUCAACACACAUGGAGACGUAGUUAACGUCAAGGGCACAAAGAACGACGGAGAAGAUGGAUUCGUCAAUCUGUACUUCAAGGACCACUGGGCUCUAUACUUUCAGACGAUGCGAAGAGAGGUGUGUGAUAAGGUGUUUUUGCUGUGUCAGCCCCCCGUCAUGCGAAUUCCUCCUCUCAUCAAGGAUGAUAAGACCUGCAUGGAUCGACGGGUCCUUUACGCGCCUCAUUUCUACGACGGUCUCACUCUGAUGUUGAAGCGAUGGUGUACGUGGAAUGUCGACGUUUUGGGUAUUCUGCGAGGACGAUAUUCGCACCCUGCAUUUGCUCUCAAGAUUGGACCUUCUGCUGUGCGCAAGUGUCUCGCUCAACAGCUCCAGGAGAUGAAGAAGGAGGGUCUGGACAAUAUGGGUCCCAUUCCCAUGGUAAUGACCGAGACUGGUAUGCCCUUCGACAUGGAUGACAAGUCCGCAUACUCCAAUGGCGACUACUCGUCCCAGCUCAAGGCACUAGACGCCAACAUGAAUGCCGUUGACCAGGCCGACAUCAACGUGACCAUGUGGUGUUACACAGUGCAUAACAACCACAAAUGGGGCGAUGAGUGGAACGGAGAGGACUUCGCUUUCUGGAGUAGGAGUCCUCUGAGCGACGACAACCCCAACAAGGACCGAUUGUCGAUUCUGCAGCAACCCCAGCAUGACCACCAGGACUGCACUCCAUUUGUGUCCCCUGCUCCUAGUCUGUGUGAUUUCGUCGGCGACAAGUCGGAAACCGAUUCUUCUCCUUCUCAACAAACUCCCACGCCCAAACCAGAUGAAGCGGAGGGCACGGACACGACUGCCCAUGCCAAUGUGGAUGGCCACAACCGUCUUCAUCUGCCCCAUCCUCAUAACCCUCUUCACUUCUUCAAUCGAGGAAAGGACCCUCACGAGGAGGAUGAGCUGCCCCCUGUAAGCCAGAAGGGAGUCCGUGCGGUCGAGGCCUUUGCCCGUCCGUAUCCGAUUGCUAUUGGCGGUACUCUCGCAGCUACGAGCUAUGAGCUCAUCAAAAGACACUACAUUUUGGAGAUUGAGGCUGCUGGUUCUAACCAGGAGACCAUCAUUGCCAUUCCUCAGUUUGUCUUCCCCACCAACUUUUUGUCGGUGACAGUUUCAACUGGAUCGUGGAAGACUGCACGAAACCAGCUGUUUUGGAGCCACAACCAAGCAGGCCGUCAGAAGAUUGAAAUCACUGUACUAGACCACCAGCCCGAGUUUGGAGGAUUUCUUGAUACUUUCUAUUCCAAUCUGGCUGAGCCUUGUUGUGUGGUUAUGUAA